AUGUACAUGCAUGUCCUUCUUCUCACACUGGGCCUCUUCGUCUACCUAAGCACUGCUGCUUAUACGUUGCUAGAUGACUAUGGCAAUACGGACUCCUUUUUUGACCAAUUCGAAUUCUUUACAGGGGAGGACCCAACUUCCGGCUUCGUCACGUAUGUGGAUCAGGCUACCGCCGAGGCUAGUGGCCUCAUCUCUUCGAAUGAUGAGGCUGUCUACAUUGGCGUCGACAAUACGGCCGUGACCACCACUGGGCGCAAUAGCGUGCGCAUCUCAAGCACGAACACAUACAACCAAGGCCUAUUCAUCCUUGACCUAGGUCAUAUGCCCGCUAGCGCCUGUGGCUCGUGGCCUGCCUUCUGGCUUCUAGGCAAUGGCACCUGGCCCGACAACGGCGAGAUUGAUAUCAUUGAAGGCGUCAACUCACAGGCUGUCGACUCGAUGACCCUGCAUACAACGGACGGCUGCUCGAUCAACGAUUCUGGAUUUACUGGUACGUUGACUACGGGCAACUGUUACUUUGAUGCCGCUGGCCAGAGUAACAACGCUGGCUGCGGUAUUAACAACGUCGACGCCUCGUCCUACGGCACGGGAUUCAAUGGUAUCGGUGGCGGUGUCUACGCUGUAGAAUGGACUGACUCGGGCAUCUCCAUCUGGUUCUUUGGCCGCGAUACCGGUAUUCCCUCCGACAUCACGGACGGUGCUCCUAAUCCUACUUUGUGGCCUGAGCCCCCUGCCACUUUUGCCGGAGACUGCGAUUUUGCCUCGCACUUUAUGGACAUGUCGAUCCACCUGCUUCUAAUUCCACUAACAACCGAUCUAGAUCUUCGAUAUCACCUUCUGCGGCCAGUGGGCCGGCGCCGUCUGGUCCUCAGACGCCAUUUGCGCCCCCUCGACGGCAGCUGCAACGACUACGUCGGAAACAACCCUACUGCAUUCACUGAUACCUACUGGAGUAUCAACGGCCUCCAGGUCUACCAGGAUACCGCCGCUACCAAGCGCAACACUCCCAUGGCUAAGCACCACCGCACGAAUGCUGCUAAGCGCGCCCGCUCUCCGCCCCAACCCAUGCGUGCCCGCCGGUUCGGCCGUGACUCUCUGAAUUACUUCGCAUAG